AUGAUUGCUACACCUAUAAGAUUAGCGAAGAAUGCGUAUGAGCCGAUGAUAAAAUUUGUUGGUGCAAGACAUCCCUUAGUGAAGCACGCAGCAGAAAUCGUUGUUCAUCCAUGCGCUACCAACGGAAUGUUACCUGGAAGCAAAGAGUGUAUUCCAGUAGGUAAAUUCAUGGAAAACUAUAAGCCAUUUCGUGUGGUGCCAAUAAAGCAUAGUGCUAGGACUAGUCUCAACUCUUCGAAGGCCUCCGCAUUCAUUGACAGGCCAUUGGAGAAAGAUGAGCUUGCUUCCAUUUUCGAGUUACCUGCCAGGUUUCGGUACAAGCCCAUUAAUGAGAACGAGCUAGAAAGCAUAAAUAGCGGUGGUGCAUGGUGA